UCCUCCGCAUCCCGUCGUGUCGUCUCAUUUCACGGAGAGGAAGUAGCCAGGAAGUCACGGUACUCGACUCUAAUAACGUAUCCGGACCAGAGACAUGGCUUCGAAUAAUGGUUCAGCCGGCAAGUGGGAGGUGGUGAAGAAAGGGAAGAAGAGUAACAGCUCUGGAGGGGGCAAGAAUCCGAAUGACAAGAAACCCGGCGGCGGAGAACGGAGAGCCCUGGGCGAGUCGAACCAACCGUCCAGAGCGCCCCUGAAGAUAUCGGAGAAUCUGUACGACAGCACUGAGAAGAUGGGAAAGAAACAGAACAAAGAGCAGGUUCCACCACCAUCUGAGCCUCAAAACAAGAAGCCCUUGUCAAGUAAACCGUCCAAGAAGUCGCAAUCCAGCAAUCCAGUUCCCUCUGUGACUCACAAGAGCCUCGAGGAAGCCUUUAAAGCUUUGGACGUUGCAGACCUGAAGCAGCAGUUGGCUCGCAGUCAGACCCUGUUUCCAAAUAACCCAUCGGUGUGGGUCAAAGACCUGGCGGGAUACCUCAACUUCAAUCUGACUGCACCAGAGACGGAGCCCACACUCAGCAGCUACGCUCACGAUUACCCAUACUGCCUUACAGGAAAAGAGCUGAAGGGUGUGAUCAAAGGCCUCAUUGGACGUUGCAAUGACAGUCUGCCAGAUUUCUUCGACCACUGUGUUUGCACUAUGCUCAGGGAGCUGGACAGACAGUCAGGAGAGCCACUGCAUGGUUAUAGAGUUUGCAUUCAGGCGAUCCUACAGGACAAACCCAAAAUAGCGACCCAAAACCUGCCAGAGUAUUUGGAGUGGUUACGGUCAGUUCAGAAUCGUCCAGUGAAGUGUUUGACCAUAAUGUGGGCACUUGGCCAGGCUGGAUUUUACGACCUCAGCCAAGGACUAAGAGUGUGGCUCGGUAUCAUGCUUCCUGUUCUGGGAGUGAAAUCCUUAUCCUCAUACGCCAUCGCCUAUCUGGAGAGACUCCUCUUACUUCAUGCAAACCUGACAAAGGGAUUUGGCAUCAUGGGGCCAAAAGAGUUCUUUCCUUUGCUGGAUUUUGCCUUCAUGCCCAAAAAUGCCCUGUCAUCAAGUCUGCAGGAGCAGUUGAGGCGUCUUUAUCCUCGUCUGAAGGUCCUGGCAUUUGGAGCCAAACCAGAGAACACAUUGCACACGUACCUGCCAUCAUUUCUGUCCAGAGCCACACCGCACUGUCCAGACGACAUGAAGAGAGAGCUGCUCAGCUGUAUGACGGAGUGUUUGUGUGUGGACGUACAGAGUCUGGGAGUGUGGAGGCAGCUCUAUACUAAACAUUUACCCCAGUCCAGUCUGCUGUUAAACCAUUUAUUGAAGUCCUGGAAAAUCCUGCCACCAAAGCUGAGGAAGAAUCUUGAAGAAACUAUCCAGUCUUUCAGAGUGACCAAUGAUGAGAUGAAAGACACCAUUGAAUCUCAGGACCUUCAGGAUUGCAAUAACUUGUGUCAGAAUUUGCAGGUAAAGAUGCGUGGUCAUGGGUUCCCCUGGUCCAGACUCUUUAUGGUCCUGCUGGUUUUCAUUGCCGGCUUCAUAACUCAUGACAUCAGAUCACAUGGCUCCUUCUCAGAUUCCACCACAGCCUUGUAUCUGCACAACUCAGGGGUCACAGCUGUAUCGCAGCAGGCCUGGAGCAAAAUAACAGUCUACUCAAAACAGGGCUUCAGCUGGUUGGAGAAAAACACUCCUUAUUAUUACUCUGAGUGUGUGCGGGUCUUGGGACCUCUAACAGAACAAGGUUUGGAAAAGGCCAAAGCAGCAGCCAUCUUCAUCUCUGAAAACACCACACAGUUUAUCCUGUGGGUCAAAGAAAAGACGCCGCUGGUCAUCGAGUGGAUAAACACCAACACUCCAGACAGCGUAUUCCAGGCAUUGGCGUAUUUAAAGGAGCUCCUCCUCUUUAUCCAUCAAAACUACAUCCUGCCAGCGCUGGCGUAUAUAUCUGACCUGCUACAACGAGCAUGGACCAACCUACAGGACUCCUGCAAUGGGGAGGUUUCAGUAUCGUGUCUGCAGGGCCACGCUUUAUCCUUCACCAACUCCACGUGGCAGCUGCUCCAACACACGACCUCGGCCAUCAAGACGUGGGCUCAGGACCUGCUGACACGAGCAUGAUAACGCAACAGAUGCUGAUCAACACACAGAAUACACACCGACCCGGUCUGAGGCUGCCUUUCAGUGCGUCAGCUCCUCUCUGAAGCUGACAUUGGACACUUUGGGUCAACACACGAACACUCACUCUAAAAGGACCCACGUGUCUCUUGUUUUGGCUGAAUUUAUUCAAUCGGUUUGCCGUUGUAUAGAAUUUUUUUUUUUUCUAUCAGUCCUUUUGUCACUGCUGGAAGCAGAGGUCGUCUCUGAGUUUUCUACUACAAUUUUCAACUCUUCCUUUAACCUCUGGAUUUAAAAAAGUAAUUUAUAGAAAAUAUGGGUUUGUAGAUCAUUUAUAAACCAUUUUUAUUUAAAGAUAUAAAGAUGUGUUUUGUGAAGAAUUUGGGGAAAAGGCAGGGAAAAGACCAAAAAAGAUAUUCCAGACUUCUCCGAGCCACUGAAGCCCCCAGCUGAUCUCUGAGGGCUGCUUCAUCUCACAAAUCCUUGGCAGUAAAUCAGCUGCAGUAUUUUUGUGCAUUUUCAUCAUUGAAAGUUGUCAGAUUAUGAUGGAAAGAAGUGAGGAGGGGGUGAAAUGACCCCUUCGGACGAUGAGGAGUGGACAGGAUGAAGACUUUCGCUUCAGUUCAGAAGAAUCCUCUGUCUUCAUGACUUCAUUUUGUGUCUCGAGCUUCUUCUUCGUUUAUUUUCUCUCUGUGCUGACGUCAAAGCUGCACAUUGAUUACAUGCUCAUACUUGAAGGUUAGUAUGUGUUAUUGAUUGAUGAUUGGAUGGUGAUUAACCCUGUGCCAACCCUCGUCUUCAGGCCACAUUAACACAGAGUAGCGCAACCAUUUCUGACCAGCUGAUAUGCUCCCCCCUCUGUGAAAAUGAUGUUUGGAUGGCUAUGGCAAUGUCUUACUUUGUAACGUAAAUGAUUUGUAAUAAAGAAUUCCACCCCA